AGCAUGGGAAAGAUUCAAGGAUCUGAAGCUCAAAUGUCCACCUGCUCUAAUUGAUCCUGACAGCCUAAUGUUCCAUUUCUACCAAGGACUUCUGGUUUCAUCGAAGAAAGAACUAGACCACUCUUCAAAGGUCGGUUCUUUCCUAGAUAUGAUGCCGGAGGAAAAUGAGGAAUUGGUGGAAAAACUCACAUCAAAUGCAAAAUAAUGGUACGAAGACCGAGUUCCACAGCAAAAAGCUGGAAUGUAUGAGGUGGACACUUUCACAGAACUCAAGGCAAGUAUGGAAAGUUUCAUCAAGCGAAGCAUCCAAGAUCAGUUCAGUGCAAGUUCGCAUCCAAACAAACAACAUGAAUCAAUUGCUCAGGACGAUGCUUACUAUCAAGGAGGAUCUAGUUCACACCAAAAUGAACUGGUCCUGUCUUGUGAAUCUUGUACAGGUGCACAUCUGACAUCUCAGUGCCCGUACAAUGAAAGCACAACAAAGGAACGGCCGCAUGAAGUACACUUGGCACAAUAUGCCAACAAAGGGGAAGGACCAUGGGCCCCUAAUCAGUACCAGCCAGUUUAUCAGCGCGAUGAUCCUUCGAGGGAGCGCAACAAAAACAAUUUCCAGCGAAAUAAUCGUUCAAGGGACGAUUACAAACAAGGCGGCUGGAAUAACAACACUAAUUGGAAUAGUCAAAGAGGGUCUGGCUAUAACCAAGGGGGAAAUACUCAAGUGUAUGUUCCCCCACACCAAAGACAAGCUGAGGAUCCUAUGGCCAAAAUGAAGAGGAUGAUGGAGGAGCAAAAUAAAAAGAGUGAAGAACGAAUUCAAAUGUUAGAGGAAUCUAUGAGACAACUAAUGGAUAAGAUGACAAUCAGACCUCUUGGAACUCUCCUGGCCAAAACUGAAACUAAUCCACGCGAACAUCUUAACGCUGUUACUCUACGUAGUGGAAAGGAAGUUCAAGGCGUUGGUCAAAGUACUGAACCAACAUUGAAGGAGGAGUCUGAGGUUGAACUAAUUAGUCAACCAACUGAAGAAAAGAAGAAGGAACCAGAAAAGAAAGAAGAAAGGAAGGAUAAGGAACCUUCACAGUCCCAUCAUCCAAACAGCAAUCUCUUAGCAAAGAAGGUGACCGUACCCUUUCCAUCAAGGGUAAAGAAGAAGAAUGAUGAUCAAGCUUUCAAGAAGUUUCUAGACAUCAUGGGCCAAGUGGAAGUUAAGUUGCCCUUGAUUGAUGUCUUAACUGAGAUGCCGAAGUAUGCCAAGUUCAUCAAAGACUUGGUAAUGCAUAAAAAGGACUGGGAAGGGGUUUCAAUGAUCAAUCUGAAUGCGAGCUGCUCUGCGUUGCUACUCCAACAAUUACCUGAGAAGUGCAAGGAUCCAAACCCUACUGAAUUUUGUCAUUCUGUCAAAAUAUUGAAGGACAAAGGGUCUGUCGAGACGCUUCUUGGUCUAGAGGCAGUAUUGAAGGAGGAAGAGAAUGAACGGAUUAAGUGUGAGGAUGUUCGGGAAGUGGAAACAAAGGGAUCUGAUACCCUAGAACUGAAGCCACUUCCCAAACAUUUAGAAUAUGCAUUUCUUGAUGACGAGGGAAAAUGCCCUAUUGUCAUCGCAUCUGAAUUGACUGUGGAUCAAAAGGUCGAACUAUUGACCGUUCUUCGGCGGCACAAGCAAGCAAUUGCUUGGAAGUUGGAGGAUAUUCAAGGAAUCAGCCCGGCCUUUUGCACCCACAAAAUUGCAAUUGAAGAAGGGUUCAAGCCUGUUGUUCAAACACAACGGAGGCUUAAUCCAAAACUAAUGGAGAUGGCAGGAGCACCGAUUGAUCCAUUCAGGAGAGCACAUGAUCUUCAGUUACCACUUCUUACUCCGGAGGCUCAGGAGCGAUUCACUACGUGGGCCCAGCACCGAUCUUUACAGGCCCCAGUGAUUCUUGAUCAAAGAUCACUCGUUGCAGCCGGGGUGUGGGCAGAUGUUGAAGCCUCGAUUAGGCCAUCUGGUUGGGAGCAUUUACUUUCCUUACGAGCUAAGGCUAGCUUGCCUCUCACUAUUGAGUUUCUGUGCUCAUUGCGGCCUUUACUGGGUCAGCGGCAUACUCUUACUGUCGCUGAGCUUGGGUGGAGAUUGGGCCUAUAUACUCAGGAGGAGAUCUCACAUUCAUCUUUUGCUGACCUUCCCAUUGUUGUUCUUGAGGACUUUGACGUCCAGGCUUUUUGGACUGCACAUGCACGUACUGAUGCUCCUUUCGAGCAUCAGCUUAGUCGAGCUUCUGACUGGGCCGAGCCUUCUUGGAGGCUUCUCACAUUCCUGAUGUCCAUGAGCUACUUUGGGAGACCCAGUAACAGCAAUCGGGUCUAUUCUUCUGACAUGCUCUUCUUCUGGAGCAUAACACAUCAACAACAGGUUAAUUUGGCUGUUUUCAUCACCCGAUUCUUGUGGUCUCAGACAUAUGGUACACGUAUCAUGGUGGUUUGUGGCCCAUUGAUCACACUUCUUCACAGGUCCUUACAGGAGCACAUGCCUAUACCUGACCUCUUACCUCUUGAGCAUAGUGUUCGACUUUUGGACAACACCAUGAUACAGCACAUUCGACUUCAGAGAGGUCAGAUACGGAGGAUUAGACCGAGAGAGGGGCGAUCACCUCGACCCCGUCGUGCACCACAACCACAAAGUACAUUUCAACAGGGACAGAGCUCUACUGGGGUGGAGAACCUUCAGAUACCCCUAAGGGCACAGACAUUGAGUACUCAGAUGCAGAGUCUUCAGUACCAGCUGAGUGGGUUUCAUGGUAGAUUGGAGGAGUUACACACAAGGUUCACCGAAUUUGAGCAGCGUUACGAGGCAGAUAUGACUAGGCUUAUCGACCAGCAGGAGGCUCAGUGGACUAACUUCUUCAAUAUCGAGGGAAAUUUACUACCACUAAAACUCAAUCUUCACACACUAAGGGGAAAGUUGCUCACCUAUGAGACAUCUACUCUCUAUCCUCUGGGUGAAAACAAACAAAGGAAAUCUAUUGCAUUAAAAUUUACCAAGGAGGUUGAGGAAGUGAGUCAUGAUGAAGAUUCAAGUGAUAUGGAAGAGAAUCCCGAACUUGCUCUUGUUAUCAAACGCUUCAACAAAUUUGUCAAGAAAAACUUCAUGUCAAGAAAGGACAAUUCCAAGAAAGCUACACCACCCAAAUGCUAUGAGUGUGGUGAAAUAGGACAUAUCAAGCCCUAUUGUCCAAAACUGAAGCAAGAGAAGGACAAGAAGCUCAAGAAGAAGCAAAGAGCUUAAAUUUCAUGGGACAAUAGCGGUUCAUCUUCCGAAGCAAGUGAUGAUGAAGAAGAUACAACAAAUUUAUGUCUUAUGG